AUGGACACUGGUGGUCUAGCUCAAAUGACUUUCAACGCAUCCAUUAACGGCGGAUCCCUUGGUGUCCCUAAUAACGGGUUCGCGUCUCGUGGAAAAGGUUCCCACAUCAAACGUUUAAGUGUUCCGCACCCCUCUAACUUUGGAUCUGGUGAUGAAUCUCAAGCUCUACCAACACCCCGCACCAGUCGCUCGCACCUUCUCGCUGGACUGAGGACUGCCCCGAAACAACCGCUAACUCCAACCACUGCACCUUUGCUGCACCAGCAUCCACACUAUUCGGGAUUGGAUGCUUCUGGAUAUGGUGUUUCUCAGCAAUCCUACUUUGCAGGGGCGCCACACACGGCCACGGGGAUCGCUUUCUCUGCUCGUACUAAUAACGUGGGUGGUGGUAUUAACAACCCGAUGUAUUCGCUCCCGGAACAUGUUCUUGCUCCACCGGCACUCGAUCAGAUCCUAGAAAACGGAGAGCCGAUGGAUGAAAGCCUGUACAACGAGCUCGUUCAGACGAACUUGUUUUUGGCUGCCCAGCAACAACGUUUGCAGCAGCAACUCGCUACAGUUACUGCUGCAGCUCAGCAGUUCCAGGCACUUAACCUGGGUACUCCUCUAAACACCCAACAUGUUCUCACUCCCGGGCUUGCCGGAAUGAGCCUUUAUCAUCAACAAGCACAACAUGGGAUGCAGCCGGUUGUUAACCCAGUUCCAGGCAAGCGCGGCGUCUUCUCGGUGUUUAAUCCAAUGACCGGACAACACAGCUACCUAGUCGACAAUACUGCCCUGGAAGAGCCUCAAUCGGCUACGUAUUAUGAGCAGUUGCAGUCUCCCGGCCCGCCGAACGAGAAUUUUGGUGGCAAUUUUGCCGCCCGUCACGAACAGGGCUCUUCUCCGGUGCGCUCCCAACCCUCGAAUAGUCCGACACGGAUCUCGUCUCCGGCUCGCCAGGCCUCUCCGUUGCAACAACAAAUCUCCAACAGGCGCCUUCACAGGAAGAUGCCUUCUGUGUCCGUCAAAACGGCACUCGACGUUGGGAGGAAUGGAACUCCAAAGUUGGCAAACUUCCCGCCUACCCCGGCUACAGGUACCUUCGGCCCUGGCCAAGGGCGCGCUGGAGAGCAUCCGAUUCGCCAACCUCGAGGCCCACCUUCCCUAGAGGAGCUUGUCUCAAAGCCCACUGCGAAACAUGAAGGCAGCAAGAAUUUCGUUACUCGCCAGCGUCGUAGCGCAGUUCACAACCUCGUUCGUGCCGGAAUGGAACGUCGCAGCUGUCAUAGCAGCACCGGUGGAAGCGUCACUCCAUCUAGCGACACCGAGUUUAACUUCUCUCCUUACCCAGGUGACGAUGGUAGCGUGAAUCCUUCAACCCAAUCGAGCGUCGAGAAUUUGCGGGGAGCAAUUGGUUCCGAAAUGAAGGGGAGAGAAACUUCUCCUCGUAGCUCAGUUGGAAGAGUUUCGCCAGUCGGUGGGCAUUUUGGCGGGAGUCGGACUAAUUCUCCCACUGCUGCUGAAAUUGUGGCGAACCACUCGGCCACGAACAACAAUCAGCUCCCUGAGCGUCGCAAGAUGCCAAUGUUUGUCCUCUCGAGCGCAGAGAAGCGCAAGAGUCCGCUCAUGCUUGAGAUCAAGUAA